AUGGAACUUCGAAAAGGGCCUUGGUCGAAAAAAGUCCUGGUUCCAGCCUGUUUUCUGGUAAUUCUAAUCUGGAUCUUUUUAAUCGACAAUUCCUUACUACUCGCCGGUCCGUCUGGAAAAGCUACCUUACAAAAACCCAGAAAUUUCAUUUCCUCCGUGGACGAUUCAAAUUUGGACCGUUUAACGAACAAGGAAUCCUCUCUGAUAAACGAUAUCGAAUCGAAGCAUUCGAAAGUAUCGAAGCUUCUACUUGUGCCGCUUUGGACUGGCAACACCAGCAUCAAAGGAAACGCAGGAUUUCUGCGAAAGUAUCAGAUCUUGAGACAGCAAGGUUUGAUGCCCAGCAAACAAUUGCCAACCGCGUUGAUAAUUGGCGUUAAAAAAGGUGGAACAAGAGCGUUGCUAGAAUUCUUGAGGUUGCACCCUGCUAUUCGCGCUGCUGGAUCUGAAGUACACUUUUUUGAUCAUCAUUACGUCAAAGGUUUCCAUUGGUAUAGGCACAGAAUGCCCCCGACUUUGGUAACUCAAAUCACGAUGGAGAAAACACCAUCGUAUUUCGUGACUAAUGAAGUGCCGAGGAGAGUUCAACGCAUGAAUCCGGCGAUGAAAUUGAUUCUCGUAGUAAGGGAUCCAGUUACUCGAGCGAUAUCCGAUUAUACUCAAGUGAAGAGCAAGCGAGCCAACAUGCCGAAGUUCGAAGAUCUUGCGUUUCUGAAUGGAUCGAAAAUCGUGGACACGUCAUGGGUACCUUUGAAAAUCGGCGUAUACGCGCGACAUUUAGAGAGAUGGCUUCAAUACUUUCCAUUGUCACAAUUUUUAUUCGUGUCCGGUGAAAGAUUGAUCGUGGAUCCUGUCGCUGAGAUCACGAGGGUUCAGGAUUUUUUAGGGUUAAAGAGAGUUAUAUGCGAGAAGCAUUUUUAUUUCAACGCGACGAAGGGGUUCCCUUGUCUGCUCAAAUCUGAGGAACGUCCUACACCCCAUUGCCUUGGUAAGAACAAGGGUCGCAGUCAUCCUUAUAUAGAUCCUGUAGCCAUACAACGAUUGAGAGAUUUUUAUCGUCCAUUCAAUCAACGUUUCUACCAAUUGACCGGAAUGGAUUUCGGCUGGUUGUGA